AUGUUAGAAUUUCUUGAUUUAGAUAACUGCCAAAAACUUAAGUACCUACCAAAACUUCCAGUUAGCUUGCACAGCUUUACAGCCAAGAAUUGCAUUCAUUUGAAGACAAACUCCUUUCAACCAUCAAUACUUGAGAAUAUGUUACACAGACUCCGUUCAUCUGAGAACAUGUUACACAAAGGAUCCCGUUCAUGGAGCAACUGGAAUAUACCAAGUUAUCGUAUGAGUUAUCAUAUGGAUUCAUGUUUCUUUCUAGGUGCUCAAGUUCCUAACAAGUUUGUUUUUCAUAUAACAAUGGCUUCGAUAGUUAUUCCUCAUAUUUCAAGAUAUGGUUUGUAUGGUUUUGCCUUUUGCACCAUUCUCUCUGGAGGAUGGGAUAUUACUACUGUCGGUGAAAUUUCUUGUACUAUUUAUCAACACACCGAAGAAGUUGACCGAUACUGUAAACGGUAUCAUUUAGGUGCAUUAAUUUCAGAUCAUGUAUUGUUAGGCUGCAUGGGUUAUAAUUAUGACUGGGUAAAGAUUGGGAGUGAAAGUGGAGGUUAUCUUUACAACCUUUCAUUUGAAUUCAAUUAUAAAAGACUUCGCGGUGCCACAAUAACAUUGAUCAAGAGUUGUGGGGGCAUUCCUGUGUAUGACUUAAAACAUAGUUUUGUGUUGGAUGGUAGAAUUAGUGGAGUUGAUUCCAAAGUCAUUUUAGUGAUUAGAGAAAAAACCAUUAAUUUUAGUAGUUUGUUAUUAGCUCCUAAAGAUGGAUCUAACCUUGCAACUACUCUUUACAACAGAAUCCGCAUAUCUUAUCUCUAG